UCGCCUUUCCAACUUGACAGAGAGAGCACUGUGAAUGACAUUUUGCAAGCUAACCGCUCUGCCAUGAAACGCCUUCAGGACUCGAUGCCUGCUGUGCUGGAGAAGUCCGGCAAGGGCCAGUCUCCACACACUCUGUGGGUUGGAUGCUCUGAUUCCAGGGUGAACGAAUGCACCACGUUGGGCUGUGUUCCCGGCGAGGUGUUCACCCUGCGCAACAUCGCCAAUCUGAUUUCUUACCAGGAUUUCUCAUCGAUGUCUGCGCUUCAGUUUGCCAUCGACGUUCUCAAGGUGAAACGGAUCAUUGUCUGUGGCCACACCGACUGUGGCGGAGUCUGGGCUGCUCUGUCGUCCAAAAAAAUUGGUGGAGUGCUGGACAACUGGCUGGCGCCUGUCAGGCAAAUCCGCGCUAAAAACCUGGCCACUCUGAAGAGCAUCGAGGACCCGUUUGAUAAAUGUACCAAGCUCAGCGAGCUCAACAUUGCCAAUUCCAUUAGCGAAAUCCGCAAACAUCCUAGCUUUGUGACUGCAUCGAAACACAACGGCCUUGAGAUAUUAGGGUUUAUUUAUGACGUAAAGACGGGUCUUCUUCGCGAGAUAGAGACU